UUUUUCAGUAGGAGUGGGAUGAUGUUUUACUGAGGGACAAUCAAAAGUGGGCAAAUCUUGUGCUUGGUUCAGAUUUCAACAUAAGAUCACCAAUGCGAUAAGGAACACGGAUUGAGCGCAACUCGGAUGCCUCAUACUCUGAAGUAGUCGAUUCCAUACUGCGCGCCUUCCAGUGACGCCGGAAGAAAACGGACGCACGCAGGCAUCCAUCCACUCAAUCGGACAUUCUGAGCCAGAACACUGAAGGACCAACAAAAUGUACCAGAUUCCAGUGAAGAACUUGACAAAACUCAGACGACCGAGGAAACGCGUCAAAAGUAUUUUGUGUGACAUUGGGAUGCAGCAAUGUCAAGACCUAAUAGAGACAUACAAAGGCUUUGAUGCUGGUGAUGCAAGUUUUAACAACACCGAAUGGGAUGAUUUCACUGAUGGUCAUGUUGGCAAAUGGAAAAGAAAGUAUCCGUACCGGAGCCAGACACUGUGUUGUAGUCUAUGUUGGCACUCUAGCCGGUCAGUAGCCACAUUCAGAAGUCAUAUUCAUCGUUACCACAGGGAGAAGCUGGACCUGGCCAGUCUGUUAUUGUGCCCCUACUGCCCAUUUGUUAGUGCUCCAAAAGUCACAGAGCAACACAUUAGGUUUUUCCACAUCCUGUCUUCAAAAGCCAAGCCCACAUUUUUUCAAAACAUCGCCAGCCACUCUUUGGCCCAUGCACCAAAAACUGUGUCAGUUACUAUCUCUGCCGAUGCUGCUGAUGACAGAUAUAUCUGUGCAACCUGUGGGUAUCAUGACUCUUUAAUAUAUGUAAUGAAAAAGCACGUCUUGGUAAACCACUAUGCUGCAUUGUUGGAUCGUUACUUUGGGUUUGGGUCAGAUAUUACGCAGAAGGGUGAUGGUGAGAAAAAACGUGAUGGCACUACUGCAAAAUAUCACUGCAAAGUGUGCAAACUGCCAGCAGAGACCAUCGAGCAUCUACUCUAUCAUAUUUUGAGUUCAGAGAAGCACAAGGACUUGCACUGGCACAUAAUGCCUUCUAUCAUUGAAAAAGACUGUGCAAACCAAAUUGUUGGUCAACAGAAUCUGCUAAGCCUUGCACCAAAAGCAAUGCAGCAGGUCACGUUGCUUGCCAGACCGAACUAUAUGCAGCAGCAGACACCGCAAACAGAUGGAAAUGGUGUCAACAAGUCUAAUGGCGCUGUACUUCUAGCUGGGCCGAGCAACACUGCUUUGUUUUGCUCUCCUGGUUCAGGGCAGAUGUUUCUGUCCCCUCAAACACAAGCUCUACUUUCAGGCACAGCUGUUACUACGCAUCAGCAGCCCCCCACUGGGAUCCCACAAGUCAUGCCUACUUCACCAGUAAUGAAGUCAAUUAAUAUGGUGGUGCCAAACAUGCCACAAAGUGCACCCAAAACAGUACCCAUUACCAUGACCAUGCCCAGGCUACCACAAGGUCCGCAACCACAGCAGGUUCUUUUUCCACCCGCUGUUCAGGUCAAUCUCCCUGGCGAAAUGGGUGUACGUCCACCCUUCCUUGUUACUCAAGGUCUUCAGCUGAAUCAGUCAGUUCCCAGAGCUCCUCUCUUAGCCUCGCAGUCUGUGCGUCUCAUUCCCACAGGCAACAAAGUAAACGGUGUUCCGACCUACACUCUAGCACCUGUUCAAGUCACUAUGCCUGUCCAGGGCAGCCCUGCUCAAAUGGUUUUGACACAAAACACUCCUCAGAUCAACCAGCCUACAAAUACAGCAGUAGUGCCUGCUGGUCUUAUGCCUACAAUUCAGAGGGCAAUAAACAAAAAUAGUAUACCAAACGAGUUGGCUGUGCUGGCUCCAUUUUUGAAGAAACACGAUGAUCGCACUGUCAAGUGUCUGAGGUGCAAGAUUUUCCUGAGAGAGCAGGGGAUUUUUCAGCAUUUGUUGCAUGGCUUGAAGUGUCUGUUCUGCCCUCUGAUGUUCUACUCCUUCAAGCAAGUCAUGGAGCACACAAAUACAGAGCACAGUCUCAAAAUCAUGGAAAACCGCAAUUACAUAAAAGAACAGUUUAACCUUGACUGUGACAAUAAGGGCAACCUGAUGUUUACUACCUUUAAUCUAAACACAGAUGUGCCCAAGGAUCUCCUUGAAAACAGAGAGCUCAACCUUGCAUUGGUCACUAGCUCUCAAGAUAAGAUAUACAUAAAAAUGUAUCCAGAUAAGGCAGAACACCCAACCACAGUGAAGGCAACAUCUACCAAAUGUCCAUUUUGUCCAGUCAAGUUUGAGACCUCUAAAGAAUACGAGCAGCAUCUUCAAGCAAAACACCACAUCGUUCCCACCAUUCACGCAAUAUUGAAAACUCCUGCCUUCAAAUGCAUAUAUUGUUUUGGGGUGUAUUCUGAAAAAUCCACACCAAAAACUAUUUCCAUCCAUUUACAACGGUGUCGCUGUGCCCCCCAAGCAGUCAAGGAUGCAGAGAGGCAACUGAAUCCAGAUACAUUGGGACGCACUGAUGGUGAUGUCAAUAAUUCUGCUCAGGUGGGACAUUCUUCAGAAGUUGCUUGUCAGGAUGCAAAGGAAUUUGUCAAGCCAAAGAGAGAGGUAAUUGCUGAGAAAAGCAGAAAAAAGAAUUUGACAAUUCUUAAGGCAGUUUUAAAGGAAGAAAUCCCUCAGACUCCAGUCCAACUAGUCUUGGAUCCAGUAGGGAUGGAGUUGACAUCUUUUGAGAGCAGAAAAGAAUUCCUUUCAAGGUACUUUCACAUCAAGCCAUACUUGACAAAAAAUGAGACGGAAACGCUUGCUUCCCGUUUGUAUAUAAACAAAGGUGACGUAAAGGCUCACUUUAAUUCCAAGAUCACCAAGUGCUUGAAAGCAAUUCAGAAGAAAAAGGUUCAUGUGCGUCUUGGGUUCAGAAUGAUCGAUGUUAAAAAGUUGAAACACAAUCUCUUCUUUCCAGAGGUGGAGCCUGUAAAAAAAAUGGCAUAAACAUGUUUACUAGAAAUAUAUGUUUGUAUAGCAUGUUCCGACUAGGAUGUAAAUCAUUGUAGGAUGUUUAUUUAAAAUGACUUGAUUUCCUCAUUUAAAAGAUGAUUUCCUCUUGGCAUUUGUCUGUUUGGAAAAAGGGGAAUCUACAGAAAUGCUGAAAAGUAAUUUGAUCACCAACCUUGAACUCUACAUUUGUGUUGUGUGUGUGUGUAUAUAGUUCAUGUGACAACAAUGUUGAAAUGUUUUUGUACACAUCUAUACUGUAAGAAAAAACACUCAGUUCUGCAUUUUAUAUUGAAGUCAUAUAUGUUUCUUUGCUUGGGACAUUUAAUAUAAAUUUGGGUAAAUCUGUAGUGAAAUCUGCGUCUUACAUUUUAUAUUAGGUCUGUAAAGUGAAGGCUUGGUAAACUAUUGCUACUAACUUGCAAACUUGUCAGCAUUGUAAUAGCCGUAUCACAGUGAGGGACACUUUAUAGUGUUUGUAUGUUCAUUCUUUCUUAUAGUACCCUGUAAUCAUUUCAGAGAUGUGAAAAAGAUAAGUGCCUCCGUGUCCUAGAAGGUUUGCAGUUGUAUUUGACCCUCGAAAUAAACUUGACUAAUCAUUACAAGUGUGCGUUU